UCACAUGUACUAUGUUGGAUUAGUAGUUUGUUUUAUCUGAAACAGCAUCAAUGUUCUGUUCAUAUUUAAUUUAUCCUCCUUUUAGCUCCUACUUUGAUGAGAAAGGCUUGGUACGACAACAACUGGACUCAUUUGAUGAGUUCAUUCAGAUGUCUGUUCAAAGGAUUGUAGAAGAUGCACCACCAAUAGAUUUGCAAGCUGAAGCUCAGCACACCUCAGGAGAAGUAGAGGAACCGCCACGGUUUUUGCUGAAGUUUGAACAGAUUUAUUUGUCGAAGCCGACGCAUUGGGAAAGAGAUGGAGCUCCUUCACCAAUGAUGCCAAAUGAAGCAAGGUUAAGAAAUCUAACGUAUUCAGCCCCUCUUUAUGUGGACAUUACCAAAACAGUGGUAAAAGAAGGAGAAGAACAAAUUCAAACACAGCAUCAAAAAACGUUUAUAGGAAAAAUUCCUAUUAUGUUGCGUUCAACAUACUGUUUGUUAAAUGGCCUAACUGAUCGUGAUCUUUGUGAAUUAAAUGAAUGUCCCCUUGACCCAGGGGGUUACUUCAUUAUUAAUGGAUCCGAAAAGGUACUUAUUGCUCAGGAAAAGAUGGCUACAAACACAGUGUAUGUGUUUGCUAAAAAGGAUUCAAAAUAUGCAUACACAGCAGAAUGCAGGUCAUGUUUGGAGAAUUCAUCAAGACCAACAAGUUCCAUAUGGGUCAGCAUGCUAGCAAGAGGUGGUCAGGGAAGUCACUGUGCCCAAACCUUGCUGCCUUUAAUCCAGCCUGGUAUUUCCAAACCAGGGCUUCGUAUGCAGGAACAAGUAUAUGUGGAGAGAGAAGAAAUGGCGCAAAAGGCAGGACUCAAGUGAAAGCGUUUAAUGACACAGUAUAAUACACAAAUAUAUAUGCACUUACAAGAUUAAAAUAAAUGUGCUGCAAUUAG